AUGAAGAAAUCCUUCGCCGCACGCCGUGUGCCCCGCAGAAUCGUCCAAGAUGAAGACAACGACACCAGCAAAGAGAGCCCAGGCACGCCCGGAGCUGCAGCAGAGGAGCCAUCAGAACCCGUAGUAAAACGACCUUCCCUAGCCCUCAAACCCAAGAAAACCUCCAAACUACGCCUAUCCUUCGGUGCCAGUGAGAGUAGUGCAGAGGCCGGCAGUGAAGGCGACGAUGGCUCCGUGUUUGCGCUCAAGAAAUCAAACCUCAGUCGGCUAGCGAUAGAGCGCAACGCCGAGCGCACAGCCCUACGAACAUCGCUAUCCUCUGAGCGCCUGCCCUUCCGAGCCGGCGUGGAAGACAGACCAAGCUACACUAAAGAAGCGCUGGCAGAGCUGCAAAGCUCCACGCCUACCACGCCUAGAGACCUACAGCCGCUAGAUACGGACGACCUAGCCAACGAGGCCAAAACGCUCGAUAUCGCAUCCAAGUUCGGCAAUACCGUCGCCCGCCGCACGCCUGACGUCUCCUCCUCAGCCAUCCCGACAGACGCCGAGAUUCGCGAGAAGAAAGCACGGCGCGCGCGCCUCGCGAAGGAACAAGCCGCCAACCCCUUGCUCGACUCAGACGAAGAGCCAAACGACGACGACGACGACAUAUCCGAUGACGAGUUCCGCCAGAAUCGCAACGAGAUAUCUCUCCGACCCGAUGAUAAAUAUCCAGAGACGCGCCUUAUACGCGAUGACGAGGACAUCGCCGAAGGCUUCGAAGACUACGUCGAUGAUGGUAAGAUAAAUCUCGGGCGCAAGGCCGAGCACGAGGCGGAGAGGAAGCGGCGGGCGGAGAUGGCGGAUCUCAUAGCAGAUGCGGAGGGCGAUCCUUCGGGCGACGAGGAAAUGGACGACUCGGAGGCGGAGCGCAAUGCCGCAUACGAGGCAGCACAGACGAAGGCGGGCGCCUACGCGGGGCAGAGGGAACGGAUCGAAGAAGCACGAAGACCGAAGACGCCGCCGAAGAUCACGCCGGUACCCGAGCUGAGCGUCGUGCUGGAGAGGUUGAAAGGGGCGCUGAGAAGCGCCCAAGAGGCGCAAGCGACAAGAGCGCGGAGGGUGGGGGAGCUGGAGAGAGAGAAGGCGGAGAUUGCGGAGAGGGAAGCGUGGAUUCAGGGGCAAUUGAAGGAGGCGGGGGAGAGGUAUGAGAAACUGAGGAUUGAGGCGGGACUAGGGGGUGGGACGGGGACGCCGGUGGAUGGGAUGGGUGGGGGACCGCUGGUUUUGCAAAGGGGUUUGGAGAGUCUGGGGAAUACACCAUUGCCGGUCGGCGGUGGGAUGAGCGACGGUAGUGAUGCGUGA